AUGCGCACUGAGCGAGACCUUGUCUUUAAGACGACCCAUAACACCGCCUCGAUCGCAAAUAAACGUCCUGAAUACGCUCAAGGCCCUCGCUCGCUGAAGCAGUAUGUACGCAACCCGGGUCCGCGCGACCGCCUGGCAAGCGGGUCUGGGCUUGGUCGUCCUCGCAAUGGAAAUGUCCAAGUCCAAUGGAGGCCCUCUUUUCGCAACGUCGCCAGCGAGCAAGUCUGGCAGCAGGCUGAGAAUAAGCAACAUCGACCGCCGCAUCCAUCUGCGGGCCAGGACGGGGACGGAGAACCAGGAUAUCACCGAAACAGCGCGUCAGCCGGACACCCUAGCUCGGUCAACUUCGCGGGUGUCUUGGACGAACUUCAAGGCGAUACUCGAGUCGACAUGUUGGGUGUGCCUGUCUCCGAUAACUAUGAAGCUAUGCUCCUGGGAAUGAAUGAGCGCACGAGCGAAGGGAAGACACAGGUUGAUUAUAUGCGCAACUUCGUCGAACAGAAACUCGCCUUCAAAUACGCCGACCUCGUUGUAGCAUUCAACCAUGCACCACACCCAGAACUCCGAUGCUCCGUGUGUCAGACCCCGCAAACGGGCCGCUGGCGCUGUGCUCAUUGCAGCGUCAAGAGGGACUUCUGCGGCGAGUGUCUUAGACAAGCGCACUGGAAUAAUCCCUUUCAUUCGGUCGGCUGGUGGACCGGUCAGCAUUACCGCCGUGCGUGGCUGCGGGAUGCAGGAGUUGCCAUUCAUCUCUGUCCCAAUGCUCGGUUCAGUGGAGGUUGUCCCGCCAGCACCGGUUCAACACCAGAUUUUACACUUCUCGACACAACGCCGCCCCCCUCGUAUGGGAGUUACUCGGUAGAUCCCAUUCAGCGCAGGCCUAGCGAGGCAGCGUCUGACACGCCGCUUACCGCCACCGUCAAUCCGGACGCCACGAUCCAUCUGCCUCCUGAUUUCAACGACAUUGAUGAUGGGGAGAGGGAGGACGUUGUUUUCAGCAGCGCACCCGUAGAGUCCGAUGCAUUCCAACCGAUAGGAGAUGAUGACGACGGCGAAAGUCCGACAUCUGAACCAUCAAAGCCGCACGGUGUCGUCCGAGAAGCAGGACGAUCGUCAAUUCCCACGAAAGACCUUUAUGGCAACCGAACCCUGGUCAUUAUACACACCGACGGAAUUCACGGUAUUGGAGUCGAAUUCUGCCAGUGCGACGGGCAUGCUUCCGAAGACCAGCAGCUCAUUCAGUAUGGCGGUCUGUAUCCGGCUUCCCAGGAUCGCCCAUCUACCGCAUUCACCCUUCAAUUCCUCGAAUACCGACACGUUGACGACGUGAUUUGCAAGACCUCUCCCCAGGCUCACAUGAAGAAACUCAGGCGAUGUACUGAACCAAACGACCCGCGUCUCGCUCCAAACCGCUAUCCGGAGAUGCUUGUAGCAUCACGUCAAUUCGUGGCUGUGAAGAAUCUCAUAGACUUCGGUUACGCCAGUCAGCCUUCCUCUGGCUCCCGGGAUCCCUCGCCUGGCGGUUUGGUUUGGAAAUGCAUCGUUUGCCCUAGGAAAACGCCUGACUUCAACAACUUGCCGAAGGCGUGGGAGAACAAUCCGGACGAGUGGCGCACAUUCGUCUCUUUAUGUUACGACGGUAACUUCAGCGGCGACCACACGAUCUCGCGGCGACUGGAUAAUAAUGUCCCCCUGUUCCCUGGCACGGGCAUGUUUGAUCAUCCGGACGUAGUGCGCCAGCACAUGGCGAAAGCUGUUGACGAUAGCGAUUUGCGUAAGAUUGACCCCAACUUCGAUAAGAAUAGCGUACCUUGCCACAGACACAAAGCCGCCGCCGGUGUUGGCAAGACUCGGAGCAGGAUCGUCGACAUCAAGGGGAUCGGCUCUUGGGCUUGCUCUCGUCACGGUUGUUUCUGUGCAUGCUCAACAAAUAACUUUGAACUGGGAGAAAGCCAGCAUCCUGUUGACAAAAGUCUCGACUCGGCGUUCCGACAUACCAUUACCGAGCAGAUCACCCGUGUUCAGCUUCUGUAUGAUAUUUGGUGUCGUUACGGUGUUCAUGUUAGGGAGCGCUUCCGACACAGCGGACUCGAUUGGCCAAAGUUUCGCGAAGUGCUACAAGGUGUCGGCGUUUGGCACAUAUAUGGACACGUGUUUGAAUGUCUGCGAAGAUUUUCACCGUCCUAUUCCCCUCGGUCUGGCAUCGUGGAUGGCGAGAUUUUGGAAACUCUGUGGUCGCUUCUGAACGCCGUUCUUCAAUCUUGUCGCGGUAUGUCUUUGGCGGCGCGAGAGGAGAAGAUCAACAUGCAUAUGAACGACAUCAACUACAGAAAGAUUGUGGGAAUGGUUAGCUCCCUGGUGCGCAAGCUCCGCAAGUACAGCAAAGAGCUUGACGCCCGCCGCCACCACCUGAAGCGCUUAGAACUUUCUUGCGACGAGGAGGAUAUCUUCAGAUGGGAGCAAAGUCGGAAGGAUCUAGAAGAAAGGCGCGCCAAAGAUCCUUACUACGCAGAUGAGUUCUGGACCGCCUCCACACCGGAAACAGCAAAUACCAAGGUUGCGACCGAAGUCCUCCUUCUAGAGGGCGACGAGAGUGGCGGCCUGGUGAAGGCGAUUAUAACAAGUUUAAAACUCGAAGAAGACGGAUUGCGCAUGCAGGCUCAAGGGAAGACUUGGGGUUCGUCGCUUUCAGACCGACGCACAGUGGCGAUUGCCAGAACUAGGUUCAACAAUCGGCGCAUGAAUGCUAACCGAGAACUUGCCCAUAUUCUGGGACGCAACGCCCCUGGGGAUGAAGACCUGUCAUCUGCUCGUCUUCGGAAAGUUCUUGAGGAGGACGAAUGGGGUUCCGACGACGACCGUACGCACGACUAUCACCUACGUGACAAAGUCGAGUUCCGACCGGUCGACUUGCCCUCUUCGCGUUCCUCGGCCUGGCGACACAAAGCCAAUGCCACUGCGAUGGCGCGGCGCGCCAUGGAUAUCGAACGUGACUUGAGAUUAGGUGACAUGGAGGAGCGUCUGCAAGCAAUCAGGGAGGGUGUCUGUGAUCAGGCACAAGGGUACCGCUUGGAGAUUCGCAAGAAGAAGGGGAAAGGAAAAUCAAACUACGAGAGCCGCACUAAUGCGUGGCUGCACGUCCGUCAGCAGACAAAAGACGUACGAGUUCAUGCGGCGAUCUACAACCACCAUGUUCGUAGACUCCGCCGCGUGAUGUGGGACGACAGUGGAGCUAUAGUAGAUGCCACUCUGAUAAAAAUUUGGCCCAGCUAUAGCUAG